AUGGCCGACCUCGGAUUUGAUCAACUCAGUCCUACCUCAACUACCGGCAGCAUGGCAAGUACCCAAGAGACCACUGUUCGUAUUGAAGGAGCAGUGAACGAGACCAUCACCAUUACAUCUCAGCUGCAAUCACCGCUUCUCCGACUGCCAGCAGAACUACGAAACGAGGUCUUCAGCUACGCCCUUGGCGGGUUGAUUGUCUACCUCAACCACGAUGGCACAAUCUCGUAUCACACUCCAGAGCGACUCGAGCGACUUGACGGGUUGAAUGAUGCACGGAUUGAUGUGCUGCAAAACACCACAAAUUGUCUAUCGCUCCUCACGACCUGUCGACAGAUCUACAAUGAAUCCGCUCACCUGCCACUUGAGCACUACGCCUACUUCUACAGGACCUGUUCCUUUGAGUCGAGGCUGAAUAUACUUCCCUCCACCCGAAUCGUAGCAAUCAAGAGGAUCAAAAUCACGUACCAUUGGUUCUGCCCUCGCGGCCCUUGUCGCGAAUAUCUUGAAGGUUGUCUCGAUGCCAUUGCCCUGUUGCCUUUCAUUGAGAACAUAGAAAUCAUGGUGGUAGAUCAUGAUACCGAGGAUCGAGCUCGACAUACCGCCAAUAGGAUCAGGAUGACCCAUGGAGAGGUGAAGAAUUGGGUACACUUGCAUGUCGUGGGAUAUUUGGACUCGCUGACUGGGCCUCCGAACUCUCCGGACGUCGUUAUCAGGACUGAUGUGGUGAAUUGUAAAUGCAAGACUGUGGAGGUAGACAAGACCGACGUCUCGGGUGCUUAG